AUGCGUUUGCAUGCUCUCUCUCCCCCCUCCCCCACUCGUUGGUUUCGCACCUGCAGUAGCAAAAAGGUGUGCAAUGUGGCCCCACUGGCUGGGGAGACCAAAGUAUGGCAGUAUGUCAAUUUGAUGAAGUCCAUAUUCCUCAUAGACUGUCCUGGUGUUGUUUAUCCGGACGGUGCAACCGAAGCAGAACUCGUGAUGAAAGGCGUCGUACGUGUUGAGUAUCUCCAUCAACCAGACCUGUACAUCGGUGAUGUAUUAGCUCGGGUUCGCCCAGACUAUUUGCAAACUCGCUAUCGACUUCCGCCAUUGCCAGCCUCGUCGGACAAACCGGAGGAAUCGUCGGAAGCAGUAACGCCUGCAGCAACCGUUGAAAACGUUCCGGUAAAUGACGUCACUCCAUCAACAUCGAAACAAGCUUGGGACAAAGAUCCAGAGUUAUUUUUGGAGUUAGUAUCCCGAAAUACUGGCAAAUUGCUCAAGGGUGGUGAGCCUGAUCUGAUGACCACCGCGAAACGCGUACUGAAUGACUUUCAGCGGGGCAAGUUGCCCUAUUUCGUGAAACCACCCGCUCCAUCAGACGAGGUGAAUGAAAGAGAAGAAGCGGAAUUCGCAGAAGAACUUGAUUUGUCUGUUGAUGAGGCGGAACAGGAAAGCCGUGCUGAAACCGCGAACCAGUUAGCACUGAAAGCGCUCGCCGCCGAGGAUGAGGCCGGUAUGCAACCGAUGGAACAAGAAACGGAAUCGGUAAGUACCUUGGUCGCUUAUUUGGUCUUAUGUGCAUGA